CAUGGGGCGGCCGCCGCCGAGGACCCGGAUGUUGGCCGCCCUCCUGCUGACGCUGGCCGGGGUUGCCUGGGCCGCAGGUGCGUCGUGUUGUUACCAAGCAAAAGACAACUUAAUGUGUCACGAUGUUUGCGAACAGAUCUUGUCCUCCAAAAGUGAAUCCCGUCUAAAACAUCUCCUGCAGCGUGCACCCGAAUACUGUCCAGAAUCAAUGGUUGAAGUUUGGAGUUGUAUGAACUCUUCCUUACCAGGUGUAUUGAGGAAAUCCGAUGGCUGGGUUGGCUUAGGUUGUUGCGAACUGGCUAUUGUGUUGGAAUGUCGACAGGCGUGCAAACAGGCGUCUUCAAAGAAUGACAUUUCAAAAGUUUGCAGAAAAGAAUAUGAGAAUGCUCUUUUCAGUUGCAUUAACAGAAAUGAAAUGGGCUCGGUCUGUUGCAGUUACGCCGGCCGUCACACCAACUGCCGGGAAUACUGCCAGGCGAUUUUCCGAACCGACUCGUCUCCCGGCCCAUCCCAGAUCAAAGCGGUUGAAAACUAUUGCGCGUCCAUCAGCCCUCAGUUAAUACACUGCGUGCACAACUACACGCAGUCCUACCCGAUGAGGAACCCAUCAGAUAGCCUAUACUGCUGUGACAGAGCCGAGGACUUGGCUUGCCAGAACGCCUGCAGGAGAAUUUUGAUGUCGAUGAAGAGCGAGCUGGAAAUUGUCGAUGGCCUGAUUGAGGGCUGCAAGACGAUGCCCCUGCCUCAGGACCCGCUGUGGCAGUGCUUCCUCGAGAGUUCCAGAUCUGUCCACCCGGGCGUCACGGUGCACCCCCCUCCCUCCACAGGCCUCGACGGCGCCAAGCUGCACUGUUGUUCUAAAGCAAACACAUCCACGUGUAGGGAAUUGUGCACUAAACUUUAUAGCACAAGCUGGGGCAACACACAGAGCUGGCAAGAAUUUGAUCGCUUUUGCGAAUACAAUCCAGUGGAAGUUUCCAUGCUGACCUGUUUAGCAGAUGUUCGAGAACCUUGCCAGUUGGGCUGUAGAAAUCUUACUUUCUGCACUAAUUUUAACAACAGGCCCACAGAGCUCUUCAGGAGCUGCAAUGCUCAGUCGGACCAGGGAGCCAUGAACGACAUGAAGCUCUGGGAGAAAGGAAGCAUCAAGAUGCCAUUUAUCAAUAUCCCGGUCCUGGAUAUUAAAAAAUGCCAACCAGAAAUGUGGAAGGCCAUCGCGUGCUCGUUGCAGAUUAAGCCAUGUCAGAGUAAAUCAAGAGGGAGUAUCAUCUGCAAAUCAGAUUGUGUGGAAAUCCUCAAGAAAUGCGGGGACCAAAAUAAAUUUCCAGAAGGCCACACGGCUGAAAGCAUCUGUGAACUCCUGUCUCCUGCCGAUGACUUGGAGACCUGCAUUCCCCUGGAUACGUAUCUGAGGCCCAGCUCCCUGGGGAGCGUCGUCGAGGACGUCACGCACCCGUGUAACCCAAACCCGUGUUCUGCCAACCAGCUGUGCGAGGUCAACAGGAAGGGGUGCCAGCCCGGAGAACUCUGCCUUCCCUAUUUCUGCGGGCAAGGCUGCAAGCUGGGAGAAGCUUCCGACUUUAUUGUCCGCCAAGGGACCCUGAUUCAGGUACCGUCAUCCGCAGGAGAUGUUGGCUGCUAUAAAAUAUGUACGUGCGGAUCAAGCGGACUGUUAGAGAACUGUUUGGAAAUGCACUGUGUUGACCUGCAGAAGUCCUGUGUAGUUGGAGGAAAACGGAAAAGUCACGGAUCCUCUUUCAAGAUAGACUGCAACGUCUGCUCUUGCUUCGCGGGCAACUUGCUGUGUUCCUCCCGCCUGUGCCUGAACGAACACAGCUCCGAGGACGACCGCCGCACUUUCACAGGUCUGCCUUGCAACUGCGCGGACCAGUUCGUCCCGGUGUGUGGCCAGAACGGGCGCACGUACCCCAGCGCCUGCAUCGCCCGCUGCGUCGGUCUUCAGGACCACCAAUUUGAGUUUGGAUCGUGCGUCUCGAAGGACCCCUGCACCCCGAAUCCCUGUCAGAAGGCCCAGAGGUGUAUCCCCAAGCCCCAGGUCUGCCUGACGACGUUUGAAAAGUUUGGAUGCAGCCAGCACGAAUGCGUGCCGAGACAGCUGAGCUGCGACCAGGCCCGGGAUCCCGUCUGCGACACGGACAACGUGGAGCACAACAACCUGUGCGCCUUGUACCAGAGAGGGAAGAACCUGUCCUACAGAGGCCCUUGCCAGCCCUUCUGCAAAGCAGCGGAGCCAGUCUGCGGGCACAACGGCGAGACGUACGGCAGCGUGUGCGCGGCCUACUCUGAGCGGGUGGCGGUCGACUACGUGGGGCCGUGCCAGGCGGUGGGCGUUCUCUCCGACCCCAGCGCCUUCCCCGAGUGCGCGGCCGUCAGGUGCCCCCCGCUCUCCGCCCCAGGAUGCAAGCCCGUCGUCGCCCCAGGUGCUUGCUGCCCUCUCUGUGCAGGGAUGCUAAGAGUGCUAUUCGACAGAGAAAAGCUGGACACCAUUGCCAAGGUAACCAACAAGAAGCCCAUCACGGUGCUGGAGAUCCUCCAGAAGGUCCGCCUGCACGUCUCCGUGCCUCAGUGCGACGUGUUUGGGUACCUCAGCAUCGAGUCGGAGAUCGUGAUCCUCGUCAUCCCCGUGGACCAGUCCCCGAAGGCGCUGCAGAUCGAGGCCUGUAACAAGGAGGCCGAGAAGAUCGAGUCGCUGAUCAACUCGGACAGCCCCACGCUGGCGUCCCACGUCCCGCUGUCGGCGCUCACCAUCUCGCAGGUGCAGGUGUCCAAGAGCCUGCCCUCGUCCGGCCCGUUGGGCCGCCCCCUCCGCGGCCUGGCCCUGGCCCUGGCCCUGCUGUCCCUCCGCCCCUAGCCCCCCCGGGGACCCCCGCCUCUCCCCUCCCUCGCCGCCGCCACCGAAUCCGAGCACUGGGGCACCUCCGCCACGCAGUAUUUCCUUCGGGUUCGGAGCGGCGUUCGAUUCCCAGCCCUAAGCGUUUCCUUCCCACCCCCCCGAAAAGCUCGGAGACGGUUGGGCCGUCCCCUCCCCGUCUGCCAGGCAGUGAGAGCGUUCAGCGUGGGCUUCUCCCUCCACCACGUCCCCUCGACGGGCAGGAAAAGGAAGUCACAAACGGGAAUCCCGCGCUCCUGGACCGCUACGCGACGGGCCCGGGGUCGUCCGAGCGUUUCCUCACCCGUGCAGGAACGGUCAGCUACGGUUCUUCAGAAGAGUCUGGCUUACGACGAAUUGCUGCUAGUUAAAGGAUGGCCAAAAACCGACGUGUAAAUAACACCCGAUCCCUCUAUUUUAUUACCGAGAUAGCCAUGUUUAUGAAGUGACAAUCAUGUGUUAAUCGAGCCUCCCCCGCAGAUGCAUCCGCAGUGCAAAGAGGCCAGUGUCGUACGUAAGAUUAUAAGGAAUUCCCCCCUAUAUUUAUAAAUGUCAUUCUAUGUAUUCUACCUGCAUGCUGCCUUAAUGAAUUUACACUUUAAUGAGUUUAAUGGGUUAAGCUUUUCUACGGCUUUUAAGCUAUAACGUUUCCUGUGAUUUAAUACUAUUUGUAUUUAUGCACCUGAACCUAGACUACAUGAAGUAUUUUGUUUCAGUAUUAUCGUAGCCGCCUUUUGAAGUAUAAGAGGGGACACCAUUUUUUUUUUUUUGCCAAAAAUGCUUGAUUUUGAAAGUAGGCACUUCGACGUGGAGGUGGCAGCGUGAUUGUAGCAACUGCUCUUCUGUACAAAAAAAAAAAAAGUCUUGAAUGCAACGU